AUGUUGGAGAAUUGGGACAAGGUGGAUUGGACUGAUGCGUACGUAGCUCACGGCGUGGAUGGCACACGAUGCUCUAUACAGCGUUAUCUGUUCAAUCGGGAGGGGUUCUGCACUGAUCCUGAUAUGGAUCUAGUGAGAAAUCCCCCUUCGGCAUCACCAGCAGCCUCGACAACACCUUCGGCAACCUCAGCAUCAUCCACUACACCCACGCCGUCUGCCAAGCCCACUCCGCUACCUACACUAUCGUCUACCGCAAUGCGGUUGCCUGGUAACCGUCAGUCAUGUGUUGUGGAUCCCAGCCUGUCCCUAGAGAUCGCGUGUGGAUCUGCCAUUCAGAUAUGUGCGCGUGCAGAUAUUAAUUGCGCGGUAACGCCCUCAGUAACCACGUGCAGCGUGGCAUUGCUCAACGAGAUCUUCUCACUCUACUACAGAGCAAACGCCUGCGCCGAGAGCGCAUGCAAUUCGGCUGGCUCCGCUAUGUUGAACACAUGCGUGGCUAAGACGGAUGUGGUUAUAGGGGACGUGUGUAACUCCUCAUGGCGGGGGCUUGGAGUAGUGGGGGUGUUGACAGCUCGGAUAUUCCGGGCUGUACUACGCUGA